CGGGCGGGCGGGCGGUCUCUCUCUUUUUUUGCCUGCGUAGCUCGGUGGGCGGGGCGCCCGGCGCGCGCGGGAAGCUAAGCAGGCUCAGCCCCGGACAGCUUUCGGAUGGGAGACAGGAGCAGCAGCGGGCCGGGCGGCGUCGUCAUUUCCGCGUAGCUUGGUCUUUCCCGCAGAGCACCUCGCCAAAGACUCCUCCCGAAUCCACCAGGAUGUCAAGUGCCAACCCCUCGGGUCACAACUGGAACCGGAAGCCAAAAGCGGAGGAGGAAGAGGAAGAUCCCUUCGACAAAAUGAUCUCCCGCACCGGUUGCGCCUCUUUCCACUAUGCGGUGCAGGAGUGCAUGGCUGAACACCAGGACUGGCGGAAGUGCCAGGAGCAGGUGCGGAGCUUCAAGGACUGCAUGAUGGAACAUGAGAAGCAGAGGAUGGCAGAGCUGCACAGAAGACAGAAACAGCAUCAAACCACAAGCUGACAGCUUUGCACAAUGGGCAGUUCCCUUGCUUGGCUUGGCGGAAGUAUUUAAAUACCGGCAGCGCAGCACAGAGCUUGAGUCCUGGGGAAACUGUUGCUGUGGGAGGUGGUUCAAAGAGAUGGGAAAUAACUGCAUGCAUUACUCUUGCAGUAAUCCCCUGGCUAAAUUCUUCUGGUUUUUUU